AUGCUUCAUAACCAAACACAUAACAAAAAAAAACACAUAGCUUGUUCUACAAUGGCAGGGAUGAUGAUGAAGGUUCUAUGCCUUACAAUGGCUUGCAUGGUUGUCGUUGCCCCUUAUGCGGAGGCUGUAUCCUGUAGUGAUGUGGUGAACAAGUUGAGUCCAUGCAUAAGCUACUUGAAGAACGGUGGCUCAGUGUCCGCAGCGUGUUGCAAUGGCAUUAAGGGACUAAAUGCGGCCGCAAAAUCAACCGCAGAUAAGAAGACGGCUUGCGGUUGCCUGAAGAAUGCUUAUCAAUCUAUAUCUGGCAUCAAAGCCGACAACGCCUCAGGCCUUCCCAAAAAGUGUGGUGUAAACAUUCCUUACAAGAUCAGCAUGAGCACUAACUGCAACAACAUAAAAUGAGCCUUAGGUUGAACGGAUGAAGAUACAAAUCUUAAUCUGGCUGUGGGAGAAUUAAAAGCCAUUAAAUAAUUAAGUAAUGCUAAAACAAAAUGAAAAACCCUGUUUCAUUUUAUAGGGGUAAAUGUUUGUAUGUUCAUUUGCUUUGUAUUGUCUUUCAAUAAUAUAUAGUGUCUUUUUUAUA